AUGGCCGUGCGCACCGGGGGCCCUGGUGGAGGCGGCCUCUUGUUGCUCCUCGUGCAGCUGAAGAACCAUCCGGGGGUGACCGUUCGCCCGAUCAAAGUCGGCGGAGGGACCACGGGAGGCACCUCGUAUAUCGACGUGGACGAUGUAAAGGUCCCGGUGAAAAACCUGAUCGGACAGGAAGGCGAAGGGAUGAAGAUGGUUAUGACUAACUUCAAUAACGACCGACUUCUCAUCGCCAGCGGCAUGGCUCAGUCCGCUCGAGUGGCCCUGUCGUCCGCAUUUGCGUAUGUGAUGAAGCGAGAGGCAUAG